UGAGCUUAACAUUGAAACAUCGACUUCGCUUUGUUGACAACGAGUUAAAACCUUAAACCUAACGAAAAAAAUAUCAAACUAAUCGAAAUGUAUAAUUUAAAAACUUUCACUUUAAUUUGUCUUUUAUUGCAUAUUGUUAUCAGUGCUUAUGGUCGUCCCGAAUCCAUUAAUCCAAACUUAGAAUAUGAAUUAAUCGGUGGUGGACCACAAGUAGUAAAUAAACCUGCGAUUACUACAACUCGUAAACCAGUCGUCAUAAAUACACCACCUCCAGUAGAUCCUACUUCGAAAACAUUUGCUUUUGAUCCCAAAUCUCAAAGUUGGAGUUCGGUGAAAAAAACUGAUCCAAAGCCAGCUGAAGGCACAUUAUUAUGGAACCAAAGUAACGAUAAAUAUUUGACAAAGUGAAUUUAUUGAAUUUUUAUAAGUUAUUUCAACUAUUUUAAUAAAUAAUAUGAUACAAAUAUAUAUAAUAUAUAUACGUAAUAAUAUUGAACUAAUUCAGCGGUAAGCAAUCCAUUUAACAACAGAAACUGUAGUUUAUAUCAAAAAUAUAUUAAUACGAUCGCGUCAAAGUAACGUCCUAACAGAAAAUGGUCUAAGUACAUAUAUUACUCUUAUAUUAAAGAGUAAAUCUCUUAGUUUAAUUCAACUGUGUUGUCAAAUUAUUUAAUAAAAACUUAAUGUAA